CGCCGGCUUCGUCAUCUUCGGAACAUCGCUGCACGUAACAUUAUCAAUAAGAAUGGUUAUCGCCUCUUGGAUACGUACUUCACUCUUCACUUGUGUGAUAACGCCAAGAUAUACAAAGAAUUUUAUAAGAGUGAGGUGAUCAAGAAUUCUCUGAAUCCGACAUGGAGGAGUCUGGACUUUGGAAUAAUGCCUGAUCGCCUUGAUACCUCUGUCUCUUGUUUUGUUGUGAGGAUCUGGGGUGGCAAGAAGGAGCACUUUCAGCUUUUGAUUGAAUGGAAGGUCAAUCUAGACGGGUUGAAGUACUUGGGCCAGCAGAUACACGCAAGAAACCCAAAUGAGAUUAUUUUUGGUCUCAAUGAUGGUUAUUACGGAGCUUCAUUUGAACAGAAGGAUCACUCAGGUACCCUGAAGAAUAGUCUUCUCCAGGUGGAUCAGAACUGUGUUCGUAACUCUUACGAUGUCUUCUCUUUGCUUAGGCUUCACAGAGCCCAGUGUGCAAUUAAACAGACUCAGGUAACUGUUCAGAAAAUAGGAAGGGAGAUUGAAGAAAAGCUGAGAUGUACAUCUACGAGCAACGAACUGAAAAAGGAGAGUGAAUGUUUACAGUUGAAGAUCCUAGUGCUACGUAAUGAACUGGAGAGGCAGAAGAAGGCCCUUGGUCAAGAAGUAGCCUUGCUGCAUAAGGAGAAAAAUACUUUGCAUGACAGAGAAAAUGCAUUUGGGACUGAAUACCAGAAACUUCAAGAGCAUAAUGAAUCCCUGCAUGAAUUAAGAAAGGAAUGCACUGCUAAGAGAGAACUGUUUUUGAAGACAAAUGCCCAGCAGACUAUUCGAUGCAAGCAAUUGCUGUCGGAGCUAUCCUAUAUCUACCCUAUUGAUCUGAAUGAUCAAAAGGAUUACUUUGUUUGUGGAGUCAAGCUUCCUAAUUCUGAAGACUUCCAAGCAAAAGAUGAUGGAAGCAUUGCUGUUGCCCUGGGCUACACCGCUCACCUGGUUUCAAUGAUAUCCUACUUCUUACAAGUGCCACUCAGGUAUCCUAUAAUUCACAAGGGCUCCCGGUCUACAAUCAAAGAUAAUAUCAAUGACAAACUGACGGAGAAAGAGCGAGAAUUUCCUUUAUAUCCAAAAGGAGGGGAGAAGCUUCAAUUUGAAUAUGGAGUGUAUCUUCUCAACAAAAAUAUAGCACAG